GAAUUUGGGUUAAAUUCAAUGUGCCUUAAAUCAAUAGUAGGCUUAGUAGACUGGCUGGAUGUCAGGCGUCCACUAAUGCAGCGGUGAAUGUAAGGACAUGGAUGCAUAAUAAUGAUAAUGAAUGGUUAAAACAUCUGGUGCCACUGUGCCAAAGGGUUUAAGACUGUAGUACUUGCGUGCCUGACGGCCCUAACCAAUCAGGAAUUUAUUUCCGCAACUUUCAGGGACGCAAACACAGAAAGUUGCAGUACUGCUUAGUUUCGUUUCUCAAAUUGCUUGCAUCUGUGUUGUUGUGGUAGGGUAAAAAUAAAUCAAAAAGAUAUCUGUGAAAUGGCAGAGUUACUUGCUUACAUCACUAAGCUUAUUUGUUCUUCUCAGUCAGGAUUUUUGGAGUAUGACGAAAUCCACAAACUCACAAAGGUUCCCGACUUGCUGCUUAGGCAGGUAUUGGAGAAUAAAGACCAUUUUGUAAUAGCUAAUUAUCCUGCAGAUAAGAAGAGGGUUUUUGCUACAACUGCCCUUAAGCUGUGUGAACUAUACCCUAAAGGCGAGUGCGAUGGAGUGUGUGAACAGCUGCACUUGUGUAAAUAUUUUAUUUACCGAUCCUGCAGAUCUAAAGGGAAAUGCAAAUUCUCUCACGACAUCCAUGACCCCCACAACUCUAAGGUAAUGGAGGUGAAUAAACUCAGUGGUCUUAACGAAACAGAAAUGAGUGUGCUUCUACUUCAUAGUGACCCAGGUUUGCUUCCUGAUGUGUGCCAGCACUAUAACAAGGGUGAUGGUCAGUUUGGAGCCUGUACUUACAAAAACGAAUGCUUUAAGCUUCACAUGUGUUACUAUUUCAUGCAAGGGAAUUGCAGAUUUGGUAAUGGGUGCAAGAGAUGCCAUCGUUUUACUGAUAAUGCCAGCUUGAACAGACUACUGCAGAAAUCUAACCUAAAUGGCAACCUUCUUGAAAAUUUACAAGCCAUCUAUGAGCAUAAAAAUCAUGGCAACUUGAAUAGCAGAGAAGAAGAAGCUGAACUUGACAUUUACAGCAGCCCAAAUCAAGAUGAAUCUAAAGAGAUCUGUCUUUAUAACAUCAGGAAAACCUGUGGCUAUAAAGGGAGGUGUAAAUAUGUGCAUUUCCAUUUGCCGUAUAGAUGGCAGUUUUUUGAUGGAAUGGCCUGGACUGAUUUCGAUAAAAUGGAAGAAAUUGAAAAAGCCUACUGUGACGCAAAGAAUGACAGCUUUCCAUCAGUCAGAAUAGAUUUUGAGAAUAUGGUGUAUAACUUGAAUGCAGUGCAGCGCCUAUCUACUGCAUCUUCAGUGACUAAGCCUCCAUAUUACAUUCUCACAACAGAGUGGCAUUGGUACUGGGAAGAAGACAAUGGCAUCUGGAAUGAAUAUGGAAAGGAGGGUGCUAAAGGCUCUACUGCAAAUGUUACAUCUCAAGACCUGGAGAAUAUAUACUUAGCCAGUGAAGCAGAACCCGUGUAUUUCACAGCUGGCGAUUUAACAUAUGAACUGGAUUUCUUAGACAUGAGUCAGAAAAGCUUAUACUAUAAGACAAAAAGAAGAGUUCGCAGAAGGCCAACAUUUAUCUCUGCAGAGGAUGUUGACAAAAAGAUUAAAAGCCAAGAAGUUUCUAGCCAGCGGAGAGCGAUGCUUUUAAACACGAUCCCCGAGUACUGGGAUAAAUCAACACUUCCUGAACUAAGUUACAAGGUAGUAGAUGUUCCUGAAUCAUCUGAUGAGUACAAGAAAAUAAAGGACCUUUUUAUGGAAACAAUGACUGGCAGUAAUAUUAUGAAGAUUCAAAGAAUUCAAAAUAUGAACCUUUGGGGAGAUUUUCAGUGGCAGAAAGAAAAGAUGAUUAAGCAGAAUGGAGGGUUAGAUGUUGAUGAACGAAUAUUAUUCCAUGGAACAGACCUUGCCAAUGUGGAUGCUAUUUGUGAACAGAACUUUGACUGGAGACUCUGUAAUGAUAGCACACGUUAUGGAAAAGGAAGUUAUUUUGCAAAGGAUGCAUAUUUUGCCAAUCGCUAUUCCUCAUCUGAAUCGGGCUUAAGAGUCUUGUUUGUUGCUCGAGUAUUGGUUGGCAAGUUUACAGUAGGAAAACCGGAGUAUACGCGUCCACCAACAAUGGGUGAUAACCAGUUCUAUGACAGCUGUGUGAACAAACACCCAGACCCAUCAAUUUUUGUUGUGUUUGAAAAACACCAGAUCUAUCCUGAGUAUAUUAUAGAGUUUGUAUGAGGUGGAUCAGCAGUCCACAACUGAAAAAUGCCUUGUUAUAGUAAUUAAUUACUGCAAAUACUUUUUAAAAAUGCUCCACCACACCCUCCUUUAUGCAUGCUGCCGGUCUCUUUUUUGAGAGAAAUUGUGACUUUUAUUAAUUGCUCAAGGUGAGGAAGUUUUUAACUGUUUCUCAACAUUGCGAAGAAAUUUCAGAAUUUUAGAAUAGAAUGGCUGUGCAUCUGCAUCCAUGCAGUCAGUAACAAGUAAACGGCUGCUUCAUUCCAAGAUAUAAUUCAAAACUUGUAAAUGUCAGGAACAUAAGCUUGAUAUGAAGUAAGAGAGUAUCAAAAAUGUAUAUGAUGUAUUUGUUGAAAAUUAAGCAUUAAGUGGGUGUAGAAUUAAAUAUUUGCAUUCCUGACAGGAGAGUCUCAAAAACAUCAGAUAUGUGUUUAAGACAUUGUAAAAAAAGUGAAACACUUCCUUUAAUUAAACUUUAUUUACAUUAA